CCUGACAGCUGGGUGGGGGGCCUUGUUUUCUGGCAACAGAAGUCAAUUUCACAAACAUGAAUGAAAAUGACUGUUCCUCCUGCAAGCUCCCUGAUUGGUCACACAGUGUGGGAAAGUUGUAGCUGCAUAACUCCAGGGCAGUGACCUGCAGACAUAGGAGUAUAAAUAUAGCCCACAGAGCCCAGGGACUGAGAUCUACCACUAUAACUCAUACCAUGGCUGCUAACAGUGAAGCCCUUCUCAUCUGCAGAGAGUAUUCUGAAGACAAACUUACCACUAAAGUGAAAACCAAGACGAGGAAACCUAUGGUUGAAAAGCUGCGUAGGGAUAGAAUUAACAGCAGUAUUAACCAGCUGAGGAAUCUUCUAGAGCGAGAAUUCCAACUUCUUCAACCAGACUCUAAACCAGAGAAAGCAGAUAUCCUGGAAAUCACUGUACAGUUCCUCAAGCAACAGAUACACUUCCAUUCAGUGGAUGAUAUCUCUGUAAAGAGGAAAGUUCACCAACAGUAUAACCAAGGAUACGCCAAGUGCUUGCACGAGACGCUUUCCUUCCUAACUGGUCAUCGCAUUGAGGAGAACACACAGGUCAAGAUAUUGAACCAUUUUCACCAACUAGAAUCACAUCUCAGAGUUCAUUGUCAGGACAGAAACUCUAUUAAUAAAGUUGCCUCUCAGAAGAAGCAAGCUAUGACCUCUGAUGUCACGCCGCUCUGGAGACCUUGGUAGAAGAUAUAUGGUAGAAGAUAUAAUGAACGUUAAUUAAACAUUAAAAAUGUUACACUGUUUAUAAUAAGAGGAAAUUAUGAUUCAUUUAAUGGAUUCAUCUUUUCUGUUGGGUUCAUUCUCCCAAAUAUUUUCUCAUCAAAAUAUUUCCUGAAUAAAUUCAGUUUUUGCUUCAUAAUGAAGAAGAUAUACUUGAUAUGCAAGAUAACAAUAGAUAAAUGGAUUACACCAAUUAUAUUAAUUUAGAUUGGUGUCAUAGUGAUUUUAAUUAUUUUGGAUAGUAUGUUAUUAUCUAAAUGUAUAUAUAAACUCUAUCAAAACAUAUGCAUAUAUAAUGUAUACUUAUGUAUGUUUAAUUUGCCAACUUCUUUUUCUUGCUGGUGAAUACUAUGUUCUACAAUAUUUGUAGGAUUUUGUACAGUAUUGUAUUGGUUCAUUUUUUUGCAAUAUUCUUUACUGGAUUACUAAUCUGAUUUUUUCAGAUGUGAGUAAGGCUGAAAUGUAUUGAUAUUAUUUCUUGAGAAAUAAAAUAACAUUUGACUUAUAA